UUUCACGCACUUCAACUUUAGUUCUUUAGAACUCUUAUUCUUGUUUCCUCGUUUUGACCAAAAAUCAAUACAAUGUCCGUCCUAGAAGAGUUUAAACACCUCGAAAUACAACUAGAAGCUAUAGAAUCAGCAACCAAUAAUUUUGCUGUAGACUAUCUCAUAGGGGAAGGGGGCUUUGGGAAAGUUUACAUGGCAGAACUCCUCCUAUCAAAGGGGCAGACCACAGUUGCUAUAAAACGCUUAGAUCUUAAUAUGGGGCAAGGAAACUCUGAAUUCUGGAAGGAGGUCACUAUGCUUUCCAUGUACAAGCACCAAAAUAUUGUCUCCCUCUUAGGGUAUUGUGAUAAAAAUGAUGAGAAGAUCCUUGUGUACGAGUUUGCAUCCAAUAAAAGUCUUGACUUGCAUCUCAACAACAAGGAUCUAACGUGGGCUCGGCGCCUUAAGAUAUGCAUCGGGGUGGCUCGCGGACUGGCAUACCUUCAUAAUCCUGCUGGAACCCAACAAAGAGUUUUGCACCGGGAUAUUAAAAGUUCUAAUAUCUUAUUAGAUGAAAACUGGAAUGCAAGGAUGGGAGAUCUUGGUCUAUCAAAAUUUGGUCCAGCUAACCAAAAACACACCUUUGUUAUCUCCAAUAAUAUUGCGGGCACACUUGGGUAUUGUGAUCCCCAAUAUCUUGAGACUGGGAUACUAACAAAGGAGACAGACGUGUACUCAUUUGGUGUGGUGUUGUUUGAAGUUUUGUGUGGGAGGUUGUGUUUAGGGCAAAAUGAUAAGAAUCAUUCGUUUACCGAUUUGGUACGCAAGCAUUAAAAUGAGAAUACCCUAAAUAAAAUUAUUUUUCGUGAUAUAAAGGGUGAAAUACAUCCUAGCUCUCUUGGUGUGUUUUCAAAAAUGGCUUACGAAUGUUUGACCCGGGACACUAAACAACGGCCAUUAAUGGACACGAUGGUGACAGAACAUGAAAGAGCACUCGAAGAUCAAAACCCGAUUGUGCUUCCACCACACAGGCAAGAAGGUUUUUCAAUUUCUCCUAACCAAAAUAGAAGGAUACCUACAAACCCCCAUUCUCUUUCACAACGAAACCUAUCUAAGGAAGGUUCUUCAACUUCUCGUAACCAAAAUGGAAGGAGAACGUGGAGUAUUAAGAUAGGGCGUUUUGCUUCUAGGUUUUCAAUUGAAGAGUGAGAGCGUUAUUAUUAUCAGUUAUCUUCGUUACAUUCAUACUACCACAUCACACCACAAGCUUUUAGAAAUGGUUACCACUCCAAGUAAUUUGUAUAUUUUUUUUCAAAAUUAGACUAAAUAAAAAAAAAAACAUAAUUUUAAACUUAAACAAUCAUUUUACUAUGUGUGUUUUAUGUACUAGUUUAAAUUUGUAAUUCCAGUUCUAUAUAAACUAGCUUUCACAUCUUAUGUAAUGUACCUAAUCGUGAUAUAUUAUAUUGUUGUGGCAUGAAAAUGUGUCGAACAAUUGGGAAACGUAAUGAAUUAACAUUAAGAUUUUUUAUUAUAAGUUAUACUAAGUAAA